ACUGCAAAAUACAGUAAUUUUUAUGUAGAAAGCAGGAAGAAUGGAACAGGACUAGAGUUGUCACUGGAGAAACAGUAGUUGCUCAAGUUAGCUGGGGAAAGUAUGGUUAUCUUUUUGUGGUUGCACAGUGUGUUUUUAUCUGUUCAAGCAUGAUUUGUCAUUUUCUUCUCUUUCCAUCCCAUCAGAGACCUCAUCUGAUGUCACUAUUCCAUGACGUUGCUUAUGUUCAUGGGGCAUCCAAGUCAGCUACCACCCUUGGCUCUCAGGGCUCCUUUCCUUUUUAGUGGUGCACCCAAUCAUAAUUAAGAUGAAAAACAAAAGGAGAUAGCUGAUAAGUUCUGAUACUGCUAGUUCCGACUGCGUACAUAUGCUUAACAAAAACUCCACACCAAAGGCUGGCAAGUUUAGUCUGUCUACUGUAAAAACACACCUGGCCUGGUUAACAGGAACUCAAACGAUACUGAACUGGCGCGUUUCUCCAGCAGUGACCUUAGUGGUGACACUCUCUGGCCCAGCACUCAGUUCCUGAAAACCAGACCCCAGGACAAAGCCCUGCCCUCGGGAGCCAGGUGGGGCGACUUGACGGUGCGGAGGAGCAACCCAAGAACUGGGAGCACACCUGUGACCACUUCUCAAGCCCUCAGAACCGCCAUUAUCCGUUUUCGGUUCCCUCUUUCUUCCUAGGCAGGAAACGGCUCUCAUUUUCCUCUCUCACGAGAGUCUUCAAUUCAGGCGUCCUUUGGGCUCACUAUUUGCGGGGGGAAGGGGAGGCGAAACUCCUACUAAGUACCUUCAGGGACUCAGGAAGGUUCAGCAGACGCUUCCCUUGCCUGAGCCACACUCACUGGAGUCCCGCCACACCGGUCCACUAACCCAGGCCCCGCCUCCGCCCGGCUGACCAAUCCCCGACUCCGCUGGCGUCUGGUUUCGUAUGAAAGGAGUGCGUCGCGUCCUCCUGGAAAAGAUGGGGUCUCAUGGGGAAAGUGACCCGCGGUCGCGCAGGCAGCCAGAAGCGGGGUUGAGGCACUGGGUCCUGGGGCUGCUGCUCCCGGGUGUUGGGGCGCAAGGCCGAGCAGGGGACGGAUAUGCCGAGAGCAGCUGCAGCAGCGCUUCCGGAAGCUCCGCGUGCGCACAGCGGGCGGGACUUCUUCCCUCAGGCCCCGCCCAGAGCGCGCUGCCAGGGGUUUUCGUGGGGAUGGUAACUAAGCUUCAGCAGGCAGAACUGCAACUGUGGAUUCUCCUGCGUUCCACCCUGCUCUGGGUUCUCAGAGCGACGACGGAGGUGCCGAGUGUGACAAGCAGGAGCGUGACUCGGAGCCUGAGCCACAAAACGUUGUAUCCAAGGGAGUUUGAUGCCUGCCUGUUAAGUGUUCUGAUGCUUGGACCUGAGGCCGUGGAGGUUUGGUGGCCCAGCUCUCCUGGGUGCUGUUUGCUGAGAUGUGCAGAAUUUCCAGUAUGGAAGAUGGGGCAUCAGGUGUUUAACCUUUUAUUGAACUCUUUAGUCAGAAGAUUAUAUCAAAUGGCCCUGAGAAAAGAAACCAUGGGACGCAGAUAUAUUGAAGUACUCCUCCCACAGAACUGAAGCACACGGGUGUUGAAGCACCAUGACACAAUAUUGUACCAGUCAAGACAGCUCAGGUUGAUACAGCCAGUUUUAUAGGAAAAUCCACUGAUUUCAAUCUAACCUUCUGUAGGGAACAGGUGUUAUUACAGAAGUGGAAGCUAUAUAAACAAUUUGCACCAUGAACUUGUGAAAUCAGAAUUUUUUUUUUAAAUUGGGGA